AAGAUCUUUCCUCCCAGUUUCUUUGACUCUAUGGAGCAUUUGCCUAUUCAUUUACCUUACAAGGCAAAGGUUGGUGCACCUAUCCAGUAUCGAUGGAUGUAUCCAUUUGAGAGGUUUUUACAACAUUUGAAGAAGAAAGCAAAAAAUCGAGCCUUUAUUGAAGGAUCUAUAUGUGAGGCUUAUAUGAUCAAGGAAAUUUCCUCAUUUUGCUCAUGGUAUUUUGAACCUACUGUGCAAACUAGAUUAAAUCAAGUGCCACGUAAUGAUGAUGGGGGAAACGUGGACUCUCUUGGUCAUCUUUCAAGUUUCACUCUUCUUAGGCGAGCUUUUGGUCCAUUAGAUAAAUCUCGAUUUUUAGACGAUGAUGAGUUUUAUGUUGCUGAGCUAUAUGUUUUAAUGAAUUGUGAAGAGAUGCUCCCAUAUAUUAAGUACCAUCCUACCAUAAACUCAAAUGAUUGAUCAUAAGAAUGAACUUAAUUCAUAAAUUGUGGAUAUGAUGAGAGGAUAUUUGAUAAAAUGGUGAAGAAAGAUGUUGUGCAUAUAUUAGAAGAUGAAUUGGAGAAAGUACAUGAUGCAAGAUUCAUGAAA